AUGCCGAUGCUGCAUGGGUGGCACUUGGCAGCUGUCAUGCUGUGUGUGAUCUUUAUGAUCCUGGUGAUUUUGAUGAUAAAGCCACUGCCGUCACAGGCCCUCGUUAAUUCUGGCCACCUUGCUUGUCUGGUAGAGAAACGAAUCAGGCGACAUCACUGUCCACAUCUCCCUACCAAGAUUUAUGAUAAGACAGAGAACCCAUGUCUUCUCUCCGAGUACACCGAGAACUACCCGCUCUAUUACUCUUACCUGCCCAGAGAGUCUUUCAAGCCCAAGCUCGAGUACAAGAAAGGGGCUGUGCCGAUGGAAGGCCUGACCACGUCGAGGAGAGAUUUUGGGUUUCACAAGGUGUCACCAGUAAAGGGCCCCCAGCCCAAGCAGUUUGUCCCCAGUGGAGAGGACAUGGACUUGCUCACGACAUAUAAGCAAGAUUAUAACCCCUACCCCGUGUGUCGAGUGGACCCCAUCAAGCCUCCGGACAACAAAUACCUGCAUGAUACCAGGAUGGAGUGUCUGCCCACUUACAAAGCUGAUUAUUUACCAUGGAACCAACCCAGACGAGAGGCCCUGGGUCCGCCACACCACUACCAGCCAGCCCCCACCAAGUUUGACAACCGAACCACGCACCAGGAUGACUACUACGUGAAGGGCCCCGUGACCACCAGCAGCUGCAAGCCUCUGCUGGUGCCCAAGCUCCGCACCGUGCCCCUGGAGGAUCUGACCAACUACAAGAUGAACUACGUGGCCCACCCUGUGGAGAAGCGCUUCGUGCACAAGACUGAGAAGUUCAGACCCUGCGACAUUCCCUUCGAAAGCCAGACCACCCACAAGGAUUCCUUCCGGGGCCUGGUCGGGGAGCCCGCCAAGAGCUUGAAGCCUCCAGCCAAGGCCUGUGCAGCGGACACAUCUUUCUUCAGCACCACGGAGUUCAGAGACAAGUUCCAAGUGUGGCCAACGCCCCAGGUCUUGGCCAAAGUGCCCGCCACCUACGUCCCUCCGGAGGAGAAGAUGGAGCUCCUGACCACAGCUCAGGCCCACUACACAUACCCGAAGGGCGGCCCGGCGCAGUCCUGCAGACCCGUGCUCCAGAUCAAGAAGGGAGGCCGCUUCGAGGGCUCCACCACCACCAAGGACGACUACAAGCAGUGGUCCCCCACCCGCACCCAGCCCGUGAAGCCCCCGCCCCAGAUGAACUUCUCCACCCAGCCCUUUGAACACCUGACCACCACGCGGGCCCACUAUGUGCCCCACCCCCCCAUCAGUACCAAGAGCUGUAAGCCCUCUUGGUCUGGCCCCCAGGUACUGGGCCCUCUGGAAGGCCAGACCACCUACUCCAUCAACUUCACCCCGAAGGAAGUGGGCAGGUGCCUGGCCUCCUACUCCGAGCCCCCUGGCUACGCCUUUGAGGAAACGGACGCUUUCGGGCACAGGAUCUACAGGCCGGUUUCCCAGGCCGCCUCGCCGAGCAACAGCCGCCUCUGCGCCGUUGAUUCAGAAGACCAGGGCCAGAAGGAGUUGACGGUGUCGGCUUGA